AUGGAGGGAUGGAUAGAAGUCUUAAGAACUCAGGUUGGUGAACCUAGUGAUAACAUUACCAGUCAAUAUUUCGAUGCUAAUCAGAACUUAAUAUGGAUCGGUAGCUCUAGCGGCUACACCAGCUCAUUCCUUAGUCAUCCAUCACCGUUUCAACUUUAUCCUUAUACUCGGUUUUGCUCUACUACUCAAAAUGCUUCUUCUACACCGGUGAUCCAAUUGCUUAACAAUAAGGAUGGGAUCUUAUCGUUGCUGCACAACAAUCUUAACUUCAACAAUCGAACAGGAAUGUGUAGAUUAAGUUUGAACUCGUCAUAUUUUGAUUCGUCGUCACUGACUCUUCUGCCUCAGCUAUUCAAGACCUUAUCAUGUAUGUCGUUGAACCACACCACCACCAACGAAGUGAUAAUCGGGUCUUCGCUUUCGCUAUUGAAAGUAGAUUUGAAUAAGCCUCAAAUACUAUCCCAUUUUGAUUACCAGGGAUCCCUCUCCCAUAUCAACCAUCAGUCCAAAUUCCUAACAUUGGGUAAGACUCAAGGCACUAUAGAUUUGUUUGAUCCCAAAUCAAAUGAGAUCAUCAAGUCCUUUAUUGGUCACAAUGGUUUUUUGGCUGAUUUGGAUGUUCUGGGCCUUGGAGGAUCCAUUUAUCCCAUGAGAGUAUCAAGUAUUUAUCCAUCCAAAACUGUCUCUUCUUCAAUGCUGGGUCAAAUGAGUUAUAGUAAUAAUACUAUGGGAUUAAACGGAGGGAACUUUGCUGCUAAUGAUGUUAUUAUUGAUCCUUUAAUCAACAUUUUUGACGUCAGAAUGAUGAGAUCUUUAGCUCCAAUUCCGUUCCCAUUUGGUGCCAAUUGGGUUAAGUUUCACCCCAAAUUACCCAACAUCUUGGUGGUUGCUUCCAGUAGUGGUGAAAUUGAAUUCGUUGAUAUGUACGAUCAGCUGAAUAUUCAUUUGUAUCAAGCAGAUUUGGGACGGUUAGCAACAACACCAUCUUCAACAGUUGAAGAGUUCACUCCGUCUUCAUUAUCAAAUCUACAAAUUAGUAGCAAUGGAGAAUUUAUUGCUUUUAAUGAUUCAAAAGCUACUGUACAUUUAUGGUCACAGGGGAAUAAUACAACUACCGAUUUUGUCAACUUCCCUUCAGCUGUGAUCCAGCCAAAUAUGGUUAUGCCAUCAUCGUUUAAUAGUGUUUCAAUAGAGUCUGAUGAUCCAUUGCUGGCAGUGGGGAUGCCUUAUUAUAAAGAUUCAUUACUAUCAAACUUUGCAUCUGAUUUAACAUUCACAAAGGAAAUGGCGAAAUUACCUGCAGCAAUUGAUGAUGAACUUGUUGAAGAAUUUCAAAAUCACCAACAGCUAUCAUUAUCAUCAGUGGGUCCUUUCAUUUCUUACGAUAAGUCAAUCUAUGGUUCACCAUAUCUAGCUUCGAAAUAUGAACGAGGACAUUUGAAAGAUGGUUUAGCUGCACCAAAAUUUAUCAGUGGAACUUCUGUUGAUGGCAAAGGUGGGGCAGGAGCAGGAGCAGGAGCAGUAGGAAGAGGAAUAAAGGGUAAUUUGGAAGAAGAAGUCUUUCAAUAUAAACCAGAAGAAACUUCCAAAACAUCUCCGACUCCACUUGUAGCACCAUCAUGCUAUAAUCGAUUGGAGAUCAAGUAUUCCAAAUUUGGGGUAGAGGAUUUCGAUUUUAAUUAUUAUAAUUUAAGUGGAUACAAUAGGCUUAGUGGAUUAGAAAACCAUUUGGAUAAUUCAUAUAUCAAUCCCUUGCUUCAAUUAUAUCGGUAUUCUCCAGCAUUCUAUAAUUUGGUAACAGGCAGCCUAUUAUCUGAAUGGUUACCGAACAGUAAUGAUUUUAUUACCACCAAUAAUCCUCAAGGGUCAUCUGUUCUCCUGGAAAUGGGCUAUUUGUUUGACAUGAUGUAUAAAGCUCAAGGGAAGAAUGUAAGAGUGACCAAUUUCUCCCAGGUACUUCUGGAAAACCAUAUGUUCACUCAGCAGGGACUUUUGAACGCCAACGAGGGAAAAAACUUAUCUUCUUGGCAAUUAAGAAACUUGAUAAUUAAUUUUAAUAAGUUUUUGUUGCUGCAGUUACAAGAGGAUCAUCUGAAUCAACACCCCGGGCUGAAUUUACCCUUAGAUAUAUUUGGUAUUCAGUAUGAAAUUGAGAUCAAGGGUUAUGGUGGUGAUUGUAAUGUUUACGAUAAGAUAUACAACACCCAACUUUCACUUGAUUUAAUGACUCCACCACCUAACAACAAUGGGAUCCCAAGCAAGAAGUUUAUGCCUUUAGGAAAUAUGCUUCCUAAAUAUGGCAGCACGGUGUCCACUGCUGCUGUUGCUACUUCUGUUGCCAGUCUGCCAACGUCUAGUGGUUUUACCUUAGCUUCGAGAAAGAACCAUAAUUUGUUAACUUACUUGGAGUAUACAUUGAACCAACAUCGGUCGAUUCCAUGUCGAGUACACAACCUGAUACACGAGAUAGAAAUGAAGAGUAGUGUUGCAAAAUUACCUCCAUUGUUGUGCAUUAAUUUGGAUAUGGAUAAUAAAGAAAUGAAGUUGAUCCACGGGUUUAAGAAGUGGCUUGUUCCAGAAUUUUAUGUGAAUUACUCAACUACCAAUAAGCGUAUACAUUUGAAGCCAAUGGUAACCCAAUUCAAUCAAGAUAAUAUUAAAUAUGAGUUGUUGGGAUACGUUUGUGAAAUCCACCGAUCUGAUGGGAGUGGUUCGAAUCUUGUAUCGUUUGUUAAAGUCAAUGAAAAAUGGUUUCUCUUUAAUGACUUUUUGGUGAUACCGAUUCCUGAUGAAGAAGUAUUCAAUUUAACAUAUCGUUGGAAAAGACCAACCAUUGUGGUUUACCAUAAUACUGAGAAUAAUCAAAUGUCCAGUCAAUUCAAUCACUUGACAAGCCAAUGCAAGUUUGAUGAUAGCAUUUUAUACCGUGAUCACUUUGCUGGCACAAUAAGGGAAUCAUACAAGAAAGAAUACGAGUUAUUGACCCGAAGUGAAGCUCCCACAUUUGGAUCUCUUGUUGCCAUUGAUGCAGAGUUUGUUAUGCUUAAACCUGAAAAGCUUGAGGUAAAAUGCAACGGUAGCAAGCAAUUAAUCCGACCUAAAUUAACUUCCUUAGCAAGAGUUUCUGUUCUACGUGGAGAUAAUGUUGAGAAACAAGGUGUUCCGUUUAUUGAUGAUUAUGUUGUUCACAAAACAAAGAUCUACAAUUAUUUAACCAAUUUCUCAGGUAUUGAAGAGAAUGAUUUGGAUUUAAUUAAAUCGCUGAAGAACUUGGUAACCUUGCAAACAGCUUAUCGUAGGCUUUGGCUUUUGUUGAACAUGGGAUGCGUUUUUGUGGGCCAUGGGUUGUACAAUGAUUUCCGAACGAUUAAUCUUCAAGUUCCUUCGAGUCAGAUUAAAGAUACAGCUGAAUUCUUUUAUUUGAGUGAAUACAAGAGACGGUUGGGUUUGAAAUUUUUGGCUUACGUUUUGCUUCAAGAAAAGGUUCAAACAGGGAACCAUGAUUCCAUUGAAGAUGCCCGUACAGCCUUGAUGUUAUACAAAAAGUAUUUGGAGUUGGUUGGGACUGGCACUUUGGAGUCUACGUUGAAUAGAAUUUACAUGGAAGGUCAGCAUUUACGAUUUAAAGUUCCUGAUCAAUGA